GUGUGAAUACAGUUUAUUAAAAUAUCAUUUAACACAUAGCUUUCUGGUUGUACUUUUAUCACUUGUCACAUUCUAGAAUUAAAAAAAAUCUUAAUAUAUUAAUCAAUUGAAAUUUCUUGUGGAAGAGCCUUGAACCAGUGUAGCCCUCUAACAAACCAUGCCCAUGAUUCCUAGCCUGGAAGUUUCUGGAAGUACUCCCAUUCACUGACCGGCUCUACCAGGAGCCUUUUUGACGUCUCAGUGGUCUGAGACAAAAUGAAAACUGAGACGUUAAGAUGUGGACUCAGUAACAUUCAGUAGUUAGUAGAAAACUAGAAGGAACUCAGAUCUCAGGCCAGCAUGUGAGUUCUUUGUGCCAAGGUCUCUUUCUGAGGAAGUAGAAUUUAACUUUCUGGAAUCCAUGGAAGUUUUAUUUCCUUCUAAUCUUCUGUCACUCCUCCUCGAGUUUGGGUCCUGAUCACUGGGUCAUAUUUAUUGAACUCUGUUGCUUUUCUGGAAGUCUGCUGUAAGAGCCGUGUUUUGUGUUACAGCGUCACGCAGUCAAUGGUUUGGACAUUAGAAAGGCUCACCUUCCUCCAGGUGUGCUUUCAAACAGAUAUUGCUUUCAAAUACCUCUGGGAGACAGAACGGGCUGGACACUAGGAACUUUUUAACACUCUCCAGAGGGAACGUGAAUUUUGGUGACACCAUUUUAUGGCUAUUUCAGCCCAUUUCUCUUGUGAGAUUUACCCUCUGUUAAUGUCAAAGUGGUAUCUUUUCUGUUGAGGGUGGGGUCCUUAUUUAGAUACUGUAUGUUGUUUAGAGACCACACACAUUUUCCAUGGGUAAGAGUAGAUCCUAGUGGCUCUCAGCUUGGGUGAGCCGAAUGUGUGGUGGGGUUGUUGUUUUUUGAACACAGAGGCAGGUAGGUGACUUCUGUACUAUGUUCUGCCCUCUUAAACCUGUCUCUGAAUGACUGAAUGGGGAGAAUGGGAUAUUAUACUUUUUUCUGACAUUUUCAUAUCUGAGCUUUAUAAAAUGCUAUCAUUGGUUCUAAGGAGCAAUUGUACUCCCAUUAAAAAUUAUUUUGUGUCUUUAACUUGGAUAAUUUAAAGGCUGCACAAGAAAUUAGCAAUGCUGAGGGACAAAUGAUCCCCCAAACAGCUCAGCCCAGGAGAUACCUGUUUUCUAGCCACAAGGGGCAAUAAGAUCAGGAAGCAGCGAUAUACUAGAAGAAAAAUUUCCAUGGAUCUUUCAGGGUUUGUUGACAAAAUAAUUCUGGGGAAUAAAGAAUCUUUCCAUUAGAGUGAUGGGCACACCAUAGGGAAGGCAGUACGUGGGUUGGAGUUCAGGAUUGACAGUCAGAAGACCUGGCAAAGGUGUGCGGCCCACACUCCAUCUCUCUGGACUUUAGUUUCCUCUUCCAGAAGACCCAACCCCUGGAGUUUUGUGGGAGUAUCAUGAUUCUGGAAGGAAGUGGUGUAAUGAAUCUCAACCCAGGCAACAACCUCCUUCACCAGCAGCCAGCCUGGACAGACGGCUACCCCACGUGCAAUGUUUCCAGUGGAUUUUUUGGAGGCCAGUGGCAUGAAAUCCACCCUCAGUACUGGACCAAGUACCAGGUAUGGGAGUGGCUCCAACAUCUCUUGGACACCAACCAGCUGGAUGCCAGCUGCAUCCCCUUCCAGGAGUUUGACGUCAACGGUGAACACCUGUGCGCAAUGAGCCUUCAGGAGUUCACACGGGCAGCAGGCACAGCUGGGCAGCUGCUCUACAGCAACCUUCAACAUCUCAAGUGGAAUGGCCAGUGCAGCAGUGACCUGUUUCAGUCUACACACAAUGUCAUUGUCAAGGCUGAACAAACAGACCCUUCCAUCAUGAAUGCUUGGAAAGAAGAAAACUAUUUAUACGACACCAGCUAUGGUAGCACAGUAGAUUUGUUGGACAGCAAAUCUUUCUGCCGGGCCCAGAUCUCCAUGGCAACCAGCGGUCAUCUUCCUAUGGCAGAGUCACCGGAUAUGAAAAAGGAGCAAGAUCACCCUGCAAAGUCCCACACCAAAAAGCACAACCCAAGAGGGACGCAUUUAUGGGAGUUCAUCCGUGACAUUCUCCUGAACCCCGACAAAAAUCCAGGGCUCAUCAAAUGGGAAGAUCGCUCCGAGGGCGUCUUCAGGUUCUUGAAGUCAGAGGCAGUGGCUCAAUUGUGGGGGAAGAAGAAAAACAACAGUAGCAUGACCUACGAGAAACUCAGCCGGGCCAUGAGAUAUUACUACAAACGAGAAAUCCUGGAACGUGUGGAUGGACGUCGGCUGGUAUAUAAGUUUGGGAAGAAUGCCCGUGGAUGGAGAGAAAAUGAAAAUUGAGUCUACCUAACCCUUGGAACACAGACCAAAAGCACACACCAAAUGAAUAUACCUACCAAGGAAGAACUCCUGGACAUAAAUAUUUCAAAGACUACUUUUCUCUGAUAUUUAUGUACCAUGAGGGGGGAAAAUCUACUUCUAACGGGAAGAAGGAACACUACAGUUGAUAAAAGGAAUUAUUUUGUUACUUUAAGUAUGUCCUGUACGGGGAUCACACGUACACAGUUUUCUGUGAGAUAUGACGCUGUAUGUGGUCAUGAUUUGUAUUUGCCUCUUAUGAAGUUCAAGAAUAACAGGACUGGUAGUCCUGUGCUUCUUGCUAAGAGAAAGAAAAAGGAAAUCAGAGGGCAUUAAAAUGUUUUCCUAUGCACAAUGAGUUAGAAAAGGUUGAUGGUCUUCUGUACGUAGCAUCCGUAAUGACCUUGUCUAGCAAGAGUUGGAUAUGGUUGCUAUGGUGAGGGUCAAGAUGGAUGAGAUCCACAGAACGAGUGCUGUGAACUUUCAUGUGACUUUUGGAGCCAGUGAGUAGAGAAUGGGAACUUCCAAAAUCCAGAGUGGGCUGAAAUAUUUUAAUCAGUGAGGAAAAUAAUGGUGUAUGGAGGGUAGGGGACUUAUGCUCAAUCAGGAUUGAUUUGCCUGUUUUGCAUUCCUCUUUGAUGGUUGCUAAAAAUCUUCAAUUGCCACAUCGUAUCAUUUCUAGUUAUUUAAGAGAGAAUCCAACCUUGAUUAUUUUUAUUUCAACUGUUUAAAAGUAAGUGGGAAGGAGUUGGUGAAUGGCUAACAAAUUUGCUUUCACAUCUCUGUAGUUCAAGAUAUCUCAACUGGCACAACUGACAUGUUGGGCUGUCAAUCUUUGUGCUGAGGAUUAUUCUGUGUACUAUAAGAUGUACAGCCGGAUCCUUGACCUCCAUUAGCUACAUAUCCACAGCACUUCUCCACUACAGCAAUCAAAUACUUUCCUAGACAUCUCCCAGUAUCUCCUAAGGGACAAAACUACCCUUGAUAGAGAACUGCUGUUUUAUACAGUCCAGAUGAAAAUAAAUGGUGAUGUGGUUUCAGAGCAAAAGAAA